GCAUGCGUCUCACUAUAGGAGAGGAGUCGUGUGGUCCGUUCAGUUAGCAUUUACAGCUAGCGCAUUGAUCUGGUUGGGGAAUACCGUGGAGGACGGCGUCCUGCGCACUUCAGGAAGAAAGCUAUCGGAGACUUUGGAUAUCCCCAGCUAAUCCUGAGCUAACCAUUAUCCCCCAUGCUGUCCAAGAAGGGAAGAUAACGUUAAUAGCCCUUCACUGCCACCUCAUUUAGCAACCGCCAAAGCUAGAUUGAGGAACCAGCGUUUUUCACAUCAUUAGAGGCUUGCUUUUAAGCACUCUUUUAUAGCAAAUACUAAGACUACAGCAGACGCAUUGACUGACCUUUCUUUAAAAAAAAAGAAGAAAAAAAGCCAUGAAGCUUCCGAGUAACAGACAUUGUACGAUUGAAGGAGAUGGAAAGAAAAUGGAUCAAGCUCCCCCAAUCAGAAACCCAUUUGUGCACGUCCUGAAAUUCACCACCCUUGAAAAAACAAAGAUCGCUCUGAUGACAGUCACACUAUUCCCAAUCCGCCUUUUCAUGGCUGCGUUCAUGAUGUUACUGGCUUGGCCUUUUGCCUUUCUCGCCACAAUAGGUCGCUCAGAGACCACUGUUGAGCCACAGUGCCUCUGGAGAAGACUGGUGGACGUCAUUCUGAAACUCAUCAUGCGGGCCAUGUGGUUUGCAGGAGGUUUCCAUUGGAUGACCAUCAAAGGGCAAAGGGCAUUGCCUACAGAAGCACCCAUCCUUACCCUGGCGCCCCAUUCAUCCUAUUUUGAUGCCAUCCCAGUCACAAUGACGAUGUCCUCUAUCGUCAUGAAGGCAGAAAGCAAGGACAUACCUCUCUGGGGCACUCUGAUUAAAUACAUCCGGCCGGUGUUCGUGUCUCGAUCGGACCAGAACUCGAGAAAGAAAACCGUGGAGGAGAUCAAACGCAGAGCUCACUCUCGAGGAGAAUGGCCUCAAAUCAUGAUUUUUCCAGAGGGGACCUGUACUAACAGAUCCUGCCUCAUAACCUUUAAGCCAGGAGCCUUCAUUCCUGCUGUUCCAGUGCAACCAGUUGUAAUCCGUUACCCCAACAAACUAGACUCAAUUACAUGGACGUGGCAAGGACCAGGGGCGUUUGCAAUCUUGUGGCUGACACUCUGCCAGUUACACAACGAGUUUGUGAUUGAAUUCCUCCCCAUAUACACUCCCUCAGAGGAGGAGAAAAAGAACCCCGCUCUCUUCGCUGUCAAUGUCAGACGAGUCAUGGCGCAAGCCCUCGGGGUUCCCAUCACCGAUUAUUCAUUUGAGGACUGCCAGCUGGCCAUGGCAGAGGGGCAGCUGAAACUGCCGGUGGAAACCUGUCUGCUGGAGUUCGCACGACUUGUCAGAAGACUGGGGCUUAAGCCCGCCAACAGUGAGAAGGUCCUGCAGGACUACGGGAACAGAGCCAGGAAGCUGGAGGGACAGAAGCUGGACCUCCAGGGUUUUGCUCACUUCCUCGAUGUUCCAGUGUCCGACAUGCUUCGAGAUAUGUUUGCUCUUUUUGAUGAGGAUGAAGAUAACAGCAUGGACAUUAGAGAAUAUGUGAUCGCCUUAUCUGUAGUUUGCAGACCCACCAAAACUCUGGAAACGAUGAAAUUGGCCUUCAAGAUGUUUGAGGCAGAGGAGGACAGUGCCAUCACAGAGGCAGAACUGGCAGUCAUGCUAAAGACGGCUUUAGGAGUGACUCAUCUGGAUGUGUCACAUCUCUUCACUGCCAUCGAUAUUGCUGACACGGGGAAGAUGACUUUUGACAAGUUCAGAUGCUUUGUGGAGGAGAACCCAGACUUUUCGGAGGACUAUUUAUAUGCAGACAAUGCAGACCUUCAGAGUCGACAAAAACAACCCAGCCCGUCCACCCUGGACGUACACGCCACUGCCACCAGCAAAACCGCCAACGGCAUCUGUCCCGACUUCAGCCCCAGAGACCACGACGGCACGAAAGACGCACUCCUGAAGAAACACAACUAAGAGGUUUAGACAUGUAGGAGCGAACGCGCCCCUCUCCCGGUGAGAGGAGGCUUUUCUGAGGGAGCACAAAUCAAUCACAUUAGUAUUUUUGCUUAAAAGCAAAGGAAACAUACUUUUAAUGGAUCACAGCUACAAAAAAGAGAAAAGGUUUACCGUUUUGUGGCUGUUAAAUCUUUCCGAUUUUCAGUUUAUCUCCCCCUCUUAUAAGAAGAGACAUUAGAAUGUCAAUCGAUAAAUUAUUAUUAUUAUUAAUUUUUUAUUUUAAUUUUUAGAUUUAUACUUGAAGGGCCGACCCUUUUUAGGAUCCACUGGCGUUUUUUGUUUGGUUUCCUCGUCACAUAUUAGAAACUGUGCAUGUUUUCUCACACAAGGGAAGCAACGAUGGAACAAUCUUUGUUCUGUACGCGGGACGAAACUUUAAAAGGAAACUCCUUUGACUCUCUUUUUAAACUUUCGUCUGUUUUUCCUCUUCUUUCGUGGUAGCUGCCUUUUCAAUCGGAGGGUGCAGAGUGACUCUGCUUAUUGUCUAAAGGGUUGAGGACCUGGGGGUACCAGUGACGGUUCUGAUGCGUGUCGCUUCAGUCAUAACUUUGAGGUUAACUCAGGUCUCUGCGAGUUCAACUGAGACUGACAUGAGCCGGUGUGUGUGUGUGUGUCUGUGUGUAUGCGUCUGUGUGUGUGUGUGUGUGUGGGAUGGGUUUGUAUUUGAACAGUAAUUUUUGAUUUAGCUCAGGGUAUAAAGACAAAAUGUAAAUAUUUACUCCUAUAAUAAUAUGAUGUCAUUAUUUGCAUGUAAACCCCUUUUUUCUUUUGUUUUUUACAAGCCCCCGUGUGCAUCUCUGUCAUUCGCUUUGUUUGGUAUUACUGUUGUUUCAAGUCAAUUUUUCUUUUUCUUAAACUGCAGUUAAACAAAGUGGACCAAAAAUACAUGGGGUCAUUCAGUUUUUUUUCCUACAUUUAAAGGCGUCCUUUUGUAUGUUCGCCAUGUAAAGAAGGGUACCGUGUGCACACUGAAAGCACAUUCAUUAAGAACUGCAAAACAUUCUUUCAGCGUUCCUCCUCGCCUGUCCACACAGGCAUUUUUAUCCUGGAAUUUUUGAGCAUUCCUGGUCAUGUUUAGGAGUUCUGCUUUACUCAGAAUCAUGUCUAGAAUCCACAGAAGAAAGUUCUGAAAAGCUACGUUCACACCGGGCGCCCUAAAAGCGUGUUCUUGAACUCCCGUUUAGCCCACGGCGUUCACACUGAACAAGUAAAGAGGGGCUGCUGCUUCUUUUUUCUACGAUUUAUGAGCGCAUGUCCGCCACCUACAGUUCGCAGAGGCUCGUUGUGGAAUGUAGUAGUGGUGCAAGUCUCGCAAAUCUUGCUCCAGGCUUUUUCUUUCACUGCUCUGUUCUGAUCCAUGAAAGACUUGGUGUCAUAGAAAUUCAGACAAACCACAAUUAUUGAUUUCUCCUCCAUGAUCAAUUUCAAACGAUUGGCACGUCCCUGAAUACAAAUAGACGCCAUUCAUACAUCUCUAACAAAUCCCAGCCCCCGAUUGGUCAAAGUUUGACCUAUUUUAACCUUAAACGCACAUUCAAUGGCUGCAUUUUUUUCUUCUAUAUCGAGUCCAAAAACGGUCUUAAAAUUAUGCAAGGGUUAACGGCCGACGAAGUGUGCGUUAUUACUUUUUAACACACGCCGUGGAAGCCUGAACCGUCUGCGUCGGACAGUUCAGGCUCCCACGGCGUGUGUUUAAAAAGUAAUAACGCACACUUCGUCGGCCGUUAACCCUUACUUAAGCUUGACCAAAAUGCUCUUGACCAAAACGCUUUCAUUGGAGGUGGGGGCUUGAACAAAUGCGGCCAAAGGCGGUGUGAACGCAGCUUAACAGAUGCUGGUUAUGAAUGUAAAUGGAAAGUAAAACACCGUCAUGUUUUUGUUUGAGAUGAUAGAAAUGACGGGUUUUAUCAUAGCUGCCGCUGUUUAAAAAAAAAAAAAAAAAAAAAAGGUUGGCCAAUUUUUUUAAAGUAAGGUGAAGGGUUAAAAUCAUUCAAUGAAGAAUUGAAACUAGACAGGACCAUUCUUCUCAGUUGGGAUACAUUUUGAUAUCAUAGAAUGCAUUUUCCCAUUCCUAACAUGUUUUUUUAUUUAUAAAGUCUGACUUGUUUAUAUGAAAUUAGGAAAUGUGGUUGUUUUUUGACCUUCUUUGUCCCUUUUUUGUUCCAGUUUUUAACAUCUUACAGGGCUUUUACAGCAUUGCGGUUUCUAAAGGACGUGUUAGUUGAGGGCUUCCCCUCCCCCGAGCAGACGUAGUGCCAACUGUCCCAAUCUGAAUCGAAGUGUAUCUCGGUACAUGCGACAAAUUCCAAACGUAGUUCUCAGCGAUUGUUCAUACUCUUUGUAUUCUCACUUUUUAUUCGAGAGAAGUAACCCUUUUCAAAAGUGAUUCUUUUGUAUUUGGAAUAUUCCAGGACACUUAGAAUAGAUUAUCUUUUUAUUUGAUAUAUUUAUAUAAAAGCAUGAUUUUUUUUUUUUUGUUUCCACUGCCAUGACAAAGAUCUGCGAUCUUCUCUGCUUUGCAGAUUCUAUCGAUGGAGCCUCGUCUUUUCCCUUUAUUUUAUUUUUUUAUUUCUUUUUUGUAUUGAUGCCCUUCGUGCUGUAUUUGUCCAGUGUAAAUGUUACCGUUUGUAAUCUUACUAUGGCUGAUUUGACUGCUUAUAAGCGAAAUGCAGAUUUCAUAUGGAAACCAAUAGCCUUGACAGCAUCUAUUCAUUUUUAUUACGAUAAAAGAGAAUGUACAGACAAUCUUGUCACGAUCAGAAGCUCCUCAGCGCUCUGAUGUCCAGUGAACCUCUUCCUAAGAAUUCAUAGUUUUCAAAAGUUUGCUUUUGACCUCUUUUAAGCUCGUUUGUCGUUCAGCGUGAGGCGUGCAGGUUGAACUAAGUAAAGCGCGAGUGUGGCGGUGCGUCCGAGCCUGAGGUGAAGUUCCACCACAUGACGGCGUCGGGCACACGGACGAGCACUCCAGACUGCACGCACACGCGCAGACUAACACGGACAUGGUACAUGACAAUCUUUUUAGUAUUGCUCCCUUUUUACGUUUUCCGGUUGAAAUUGUAUGGAUGGAAUUGUGCUCGCACUUUAGGUUUGUUUUUUUUUAUUUGAAGAAUUUAAUACGUUUGUAGGUUACAGUAUUGUAACAAUUGCUUUUCUUAUGAUGAAACGUGUUUGUGGAGACAUGAAGAAAAUUAGAAAUAUUUUCCGUUUUUUUUUAUUGAUUCCUUGGGUUCAAAGAAAACCCCACCAGGAUGUUUGUGUUAGUUUUUUGAUUUUUUUUCACUCUGGAAUGUUUGAUAAAGAAAAGGAAAGCUAGCAUCAUUGCUGUUAGCCUAAAGACGUUUGCACCCUAGUGUGUGUGAUCGUACAAUCGUACAAUCCACUGCAAAGACUAAAGCUUGAAACAUUUAGAAUGGAAAGCAUAUUGUCGUAAAACAAAAAUAAAGUAUUACACUGUAAAACAAAAGUUACCCAAAAAUGAGCAACAAUACCGCUAGAAAUCUUUUUUUUUAACCGUUCUGAACUAUUUGGGGGUUGAGGGGAUUUUGUCUAUAAAAAUGCAUUGCUUUUCACUUUGAAUCUCCUAUUUUCCAGAUUGGUAUGCAUCUGAGAAUAUUUAAAACCUGCAAGCAAAACGUGUAUUUAUGCUAUUGCUGCCUGUUUAUCAGAGUUUGUUCAGUGGAAAGCCUAAGACGAAAGAAAUAUUGUCUUUCCGAUGGCUUGAUGUAUGUGAACCAAGACCUUAUUUUUCUGUAUACGUCUCCUCUUUUCUAUAUUGAACAGGCUUUAUUUUAUUAAUGCAUUUUGAGGGUGAAGAGUCAUGAUGGCAAGCUACUCUGACUUUGUUUAGGACUGCUAUGAUGUUUAGUAACUUGUUGAUGUGACUCUGGGAUGAAAUUAAAGAAACAUUAACUCAA